CAGCUAGACAAUUAUUCAGGGAUCUUUCCUUGUGUCCAUGUUUUCGGACAUUGGCAAUCCUUGAAAAAAAAUGUGUGUAGUCUCAAUGCUCACGGCGUUAGUGUAUCCGCCUCUUAGGGCCAGUUAUACAUAUUGUAGGCCUACCAAUGACACGUAUCAACUCGUUUUUUUGCCAGUUAUUUCCCCCACCUACGUGGCAACAUAAAUCAAUUUUCAGAAGUCAUAGACUGCUCUGCCCACUCUCCACUUGCUCAUUCAUUGUCCAGCUGUGCCUUUCUAGUCCCUGUACUGUAAAUAGCAACUCCUGCUUUAGAGGGUCUCUGACUCAUUCCCUCCAGUCACGAUAAGAGGGUCAAGAGUGAAAUGCUGAAUGAACUUAUUGUGGGUGACACCAGUGGAAAGCUGCAUGUGUACAAGAACGAUGACGCCAAGCCUUGGAUCACUAGAACAUGUGUGGGCAUGCUCACCUGUGUUGGUGUUGGAGACAUUUGCAACAAAGGAAGGAACUUUGUAGUUGCUGUGGGUGCAGAGGGAUGGUUUCACCUGUUUGACCUGUCUGCAGUGGCAGGAGCCAAGUCAGAUUCAUCCAGCCAGCAGGAGGUGCUGUUCUCUGACGACCAGAAACCCUGCUUCUCUCAGCACAUUCCUGCCAACACCAAAGUCAUCCUUAUUAGUGACAUAGAUGGGGAUGGGCGCAGUGAGCUUGUAGUGGGAUACACAGACCGUGUGGUGAGAGCGUUCCGCUGGGAGGAGCCCAACGAUUCUUCAGACCUCAGCUCUGGACAGCUGGUUCUGCUGAAGAAGUGGCUUCUGGAGGGACAGGUGGACAGCCUGUCAGUAAACCCAGACCUAGAGGGUCUUCCUGAACUGAUGGUGUCCCAGCCUGGUUGUGGCUUUGCCAUCCUGCUGUGCACAUGGACACAACAGGGCUCCUCUGAGGCGGGGCCUGGGGAGGAGGCUCCACCCACUCCUGGCAGCGAGGGUCCCUCCAGAGACGUCAUUCUGCAUCUGACCACUGGUCGGAUCCACAACAAGAACGUUUCCACUCAUCUCAUCGGGAGCAUAAGCAGAGGCUCCAAAGGCGACUCCUCUAAAUGCGGCCUGUUUGCCCUCUGUACUCUAGAUGGCACCCUGAAACUGAUGGACAGUUCAGAGCAGUUGAAAUGGUCAGUGCAGGUGGAUCACCAGCUCUUUUCUCUGCAGAAGCUGGACGUCACAGGCGACGGCAGAGAGGAGGUGGUGGCGUGUGCCUGGGAUGGUCAGACCUAUAUCAUCGACCACAACCGCAUGGUGGUGCGGUUCCAGUUUGACGAGAACGUCAAUGCUUUCUGUGCAGGUCAGUACACCUGUAAGGAUGGCAAGAACAGCCCCUGUCUGGUAUACGUCAGCUUCAACCACAAGAUCUAUGUGUACUGGAGGGUGGAGCUGGAGCGCAUGGAGCCCACCCAUCUCCUUAGGGUCCUGGAGGAGAGGCCAGAGUUCAAGGCCCGGCUGGAGCAACUGGGAGUGGACGCUGAGGACAGGGAGGCCGUGAGAGAGCUGGUGGGAGACACACUCUAUGGACACACGCUGAAGAAGCAGGCCGGAUGACCUUAACACGACCCUCUCCACUCCUCCAACCCCCGCUCUUUCUCCUCGUUUAUGUAAAUAUUCUGAAUAAAGGCAGAAUCACACAGA